CAGAGACGCAGUUUGUAAAUAAACAACAACAUAAAAGUUGCAUUCGCGACGCCUAUCUCCGAUUGGCGGUUGGAAGAAGUUUUCAAAAUUUAGUGGUUUUAAAAUGAUAGGGAUUCAAUAAUUUAUUGCUGGAAGUAAUUAAAAGUCGAGAUGGCUCCCCCGCACGUGCACAUGCUGCUCAAUCAGCUGCCGCAGUACUUCGAUGCGGAGUUGACGGUGGAACGAAUUGAUUCGAUCUGCGCUGGAAAGGAGCCGGCUCCCAGCUCUUCAAGACGGAGAACUUCCGUCGAUUCGGACGACAGUGAUUCGAGUGAUGGUGGUGGUCGAGCGGGUGAUGGCGUGCUGGAUUUGCGUGACUGCGGUAUGAUCCGGAAGGCGAUCGACGAUUCCAACACGCUGAUUGAAUUGCUCAGCGAUAUCUGCCUGGAGACGAGGAAGAUGCGCCACAAGGCCGGGGUGUUUGACCAGUACGAUAAUUGGCAGUAUCUGUCGAAGAAAAUGAAGGUUGAGCAGUUCCUGGCGUUCAUCUACGGGCUGGUGAGUUUGGCUGAGUAUGACCCGACCGAGGCCAUCAACAGACGUCUUGCGACAGCAGCCGUAAAGACCUAUCUGGUGCUGCUAGGCACUCCUGGCCAAAAGCAGACGUCCGCUUUCAACGAGUCCGUGCUGUUGAAAUGCUUAGAUAUUUUCAAGCUGGCUGAUCUGUUGCUGGAUCCGAUUUUCGACGACUACCUGAAACAGGAACGGUUCGAUUUUAUUACGAGGCUCCUUAUGGAAUACGUUCAAAUAAUGGACGAGAUUCAGUUGCUGUUGAAGUGCAUGACCCUGAAAAGCUGCGACAGUAUUAAGGUCCAGCUGAUCAACGGACUCAAAACGGCCCUGAACUACUCAAUGAAGCACGCCAAGAACCGAAGUGUGGCGGAAAAUGUCGCCGAUAAGAUUUUUGAAACGCUGGAAGCCAUUUGCCUUCCGGAGCAUGACGACCACAACGAUUGCGCCAAAACCAUUCAGUUGAUUCUGAACCGAACUGCCAUGUUCUACAAGUUGGAAUACAAGAACUACCCUGCAUGCUUUCAAAUAUACCACUUUUUCCUCAAGAUGUUGGAUCAGUAUCCGAAGGAUACCCCAGAAGUGCUGACCGUGUUCAUCAAAUCUGUGCUUACCAACCCACCAAAGGUAUUCUCCCGAGCGGAAGAUUACGCCUACCUGAGUGAUAUCGCCCUCAAAUACGACACGGCAAUGUACAGCAAGUGCAACGUCUCCAUCGUUCCCUAUCUGAAGCAGAUCGAGGGCCAUGCAGAAGCUUCCACCCGGGUGAACAUCGUCGAAUUUCUGGGCAAGUUGGCCACCACGGAUUGCACCGUAGAUUGGGAGCUGUUCAAAGCCGAAAUCUCCGACAUUCCACGAGAGGUGCAAAUGAUUGAGAUUCUAUACAACAAGCUGAUCGACAAGACGUCCACUGUGAAACUCAAGGCUUUUCAUUGCUUGCUGAAAAUCCUUCAAAAUGGGAACAAAGUGAUGAAGCAGCUCAUGAGGGAUACUUUCUAUUGCGCCACUGCCGAUGAAGAUGAGAAAAGCUAUCUGCAGAUGAAUGACGUUGAAGAUCUUUACCAAACGGCUGAACUCGAGCUUGGAAUAUCCCGAAAUGCGUUCAACUUCAAUCUGAGUUCAAGUCCGAAUAACCCUGGCAAAUCCCUGGAUGAAACGAAUCCUAAAGAAUCUCAACCCACCAAAAUCAACUCCACCGUCAAAGGCUUCGAAACGAUCGAACCUCAGCUCCGCUCCCUGAUAGACGUGAUCUACGAAGCCACCCUAUCGCAAACCUCCUCAAUCCGGCGGGUAGCCCUGUCCUGUUUGGAGUGCAUCGUUGAGCUGAACCGCAACCGCAUCGACGAUCCGGUGUUCGAAUACGUCGUCGUCAAGCUGGCCAAGGAUCCCGUCAUGUUGAUGCGCCGGACGACGUUGAACGUCCUCAAUCAACUACUGACUCGUUAUCCCAGCUAUCUGCCCCUCAUUCGGAUAUGGUCCAAGUGUUUGCUGCUGUUUCUGGACGAUAGCGAUCAGAAGCUGAAGGAAUCGGCGCUGGAGAGCCUUAAGGGCAAUGUGUUCGACAACAUCUGCCGGUUUGAGGACUCGUCGUCCAGUCGGAUUUUUACGCCGUGGAUGAUUGUGCGGUCGAUUCUGGUGCUGGGGAAGAUCAGCGUGCUGAAAGCGGCGGUGGACUCGUGGAUUCAGAAGUCCAUCUUGACGCAGAAGAAUCUCAUGAUCAUUGAGUCGCACAUAUUCACGGUAAACUGUAGCGAGGCUUGGAUCAUUCUGUCCAUCAUUGCGAACAAAAUGAAAUCGAGAAAUCCGGACGUCGUAAUCAAAACUAUGAACGAGAUCCUGCAAGCCGAUGUGUACAAUUCACCGAUCUGCCUACAGUAUAUCCUGUGCGUCAUUAAAGCAUGGCUGGAGGACUUCACCCACGCUGGGUUGAACCACCUGUUCAAGAUCCUGAGUGACCUGCUCCGAACGGGGAGCACCACCAUUUCGCUGGUUAGCGAUGUGUACAGCUUGUGCUGUGCCAUCAAGGAGAAGUCCGAUGGAACGGUGGACGAAAGCUGGAUCCGUAGCAUACGUGACAGCACGGCGGAGUACCUGUUGCACUACCACUCGCAUUACACCAGUUUUCACAUGUCCAACGAACGGUACCUGAUCAGCUUGCUGGUUUACGCCGAAACCAGUACCGAUUUGAACGAUAAGCCCAACGAGCGAAUCAUGACCAUCCUGUUGCACUACUUGAAACGGGUCGCCGGAGAUGAAAAGCUCAUUAGUCUACAAACGGACCAGAACAGGAAGAUCUGCGUUACGAUAGUCGUUCUAUCGAGAUUCGGUCUUAGGGAUGGAUCGCUAGCAUCCACGAUCAUCGCCGACUUCAACAAGAUCCUGAAGUUCAAAAAUAUCCACGAGAGUAUCAUCUGCACGCUGAUCACUUCGUUUUCGGAUCUUUGCAAAAGGCACACAUCCCUCGUGGAUUCGUCGAUCAAAACCGUUAUACUGCAGCUGAGCUCCAGCUACAUGGCCGUCCGUAGCGUGGCGCUGAACAAUCUGAACGAGCUGAUCCUCCAGGACUACGUAAAAAUGCGUGGCCGAGUGCUGCUCAACAUCCUGAAGUUGAUCGUCGACGAAAACUGCCAAAUCGCGGCCCAGGCUCUCUACGUCAUACAGCUGUACGUUCACUCGAAGAACGAGAAACUGCUGAAGGUUUCUCUGCUGGAGUGUGUCUACGUGUUCAACAACUAUCUGCAGUACGCGGAACGCGACAUGUUUCCGGCGUCGGAGAUCGACAACGAACCGUGCGAUUUGGCGGGAAAUGCGCCGGAGGACUUCAGCAAACGCAAUUUGAUCUACGAUUUUUUCGUUGAUAACAUCGACGAUCUGAGCCUGCUGAAACUGUUGAAGAACGUCAACAAGAUCAACACGCAGCUGAGUCAGCACAAGUAUGUGGAAUGUCCAGCAGGGGCGGGAACACUGAUUGAUCUGCUGUACAUCUUCACGAAAAUGGUCAUGGUGAAGGAUCGAGACAAGGCACGACUGGCUAAGGCCGCUGCUUCUGGGGUGAAUGACGAAGAUGCUCCGCCUGUGAUUGAGGAAGGCCCCUCGCCAGUGAAGAAGUCACGUGUUAAAAUGGCUCUUCAGCAGAGCGAACAAGAGAUGGUAACAAUCGUGGAGAAGAUGAUCGCCAUCUAUAACGGAUUCGAUCGACAGGUGCGAAGUUAUAUUACCAGAGUAGAACCCACCUUGGAGAAGAUUGCCGAGGAAAGAUUGCAUGAUUUGGCUCUGGCAAUCGCAAGGAAGUUCCGCAGCUUGGUGGAGUUUGCUAAACCGAUGGAAUUUUGGCGUGGGAUGAUGCGGACGGUGGAUUCGCUGGAUCACCGGGAAGGUCCAUCGCCGCGUAAAGGUAAACGUAAGAAGAAGGGCCGCGGAAAAGAUGGCUCCGAAAGUGAAGAGGAUGACGAGGAAGAUGAAGUGGAAGACUAUGAUGAUGAUGAAAUGGAUGACUAAGAAUUAA